AUGUCGUACGAGAAACUGCAAGGAAAGGAAGGUGAGGGCUCUGAAGGAAGCAAAGGAAAUGGUGAAGAAGGAAAGGAAGGCGAAGGAUCUGAAGGCAGCAAAGGAAGUGGUGGAGAAGGAAAGGAAGGCGAAGGAUCUGAAGGAAGCAAAGGGAGCGGUGGAGGUGAUGAAGGCGAUGAAGGAUCAAGUGAAGCUAUAGCCAGUGCUAGUGCUCAAGCUAAGGCAAAGGCAAGAAGAAAGAAAACAAAGGGAGGAAAGGGAGGACAACCGGGUGGUUCACCCAGUAGUCCGUCAGGUUCCGGCGGUUCACCCAGCAGCCCAUCUGGGUCAGGUGGCUCCCCAAGCAGUCCUUCUGGUUCUGGCGGUUCCCCAAGCAGCCCCUCUGGAUCUGGAGGCUCCCCAAGCAGUCCCUCUGGAUCUGGUGGUUCCCCAAGCAGUCCCUCUGGAUCUGGUGGCUCCCCAAGUAGUCCCUCUGGAUCUGGUGGUUCACCUAGCAGCCCCUCUGGAUCUGGUGGUUCACCGAGCAGUCCGUCAGGAUCUGGUGGUUCGCCAAGUAGUCCCUCUGGGUCUGGUGGUUCCCCAAGCAGUCCCUCAGGAUCUGGUGGUUCACCGAGCAGCCCGUCCGGAUCAGGUGGCUCUCCCAGCAGUCCUUCUGGAUCUGGUGGUUCACCGAGCAGUCCGUCUGGAUCUGGUGGUUCCCCAAGCAGUCCCUCUGGAUCUGGUGGUUCACCCAGUAGCCCGUCCGGAUCAGGUGGCUCUCCCAGCAGUCCUUCUGGAUCUGGUGGUUCACCGAGCAGUCCGUCAGGAUCUGGUGGUUCGCCAAGUAGUCCCUCUGGGUCUGGUGGCUCCCCAAGCAGUCCCUCUGGAUCUGGUGGUUCACCCAGCAGCCCGUCCGGAUCAGGUGGCUCACCCAGCAGUCCUUCUGGACCUGGUGGUUCACCGAGCAGUCCCUCUGGAUCUGGUGGUUCACCGAGUAGUCCUUCUGGAUCUGGUGGUUCACCGAGCAGUCCUUCUGGAUCUGGUGGUUCACCAAGCAGUCCCUCCGGAUCAGGUGGCUCUCCCAGCAGCCCCUCUGGAUCUGGUGGUUCCCCAAGCAGUCCCUCUGGAUCUGGUGGUUCACCGAGCAGCCCGUCCGGAUCAGGUGGCUCUCCCAGCAGUCCUUCUGGAUCUGGUGGUUCACCGAGCAGUGCGUCAGGAUCUGGUGGUUCACCAAGUAGUCCCUCUGGGUCUGGUAGCUCCCCAAGCAGUCCCUCUGGAUCUGGUGGUUCACCCAGCAGCCCGUCCGGAUCAGGUGGCUCUCCCAGCAGUCCUUCUGGACCUGGUGGUUCACCGAGCAGUCCCUCUGGAUCUGGUGGUUCACCAAGCAGUCCUUCUGGAUCUGGUGGUUCACCGAGCAGCCCAUCAGGAUCUGGUGGUUCACCAAGCAGUCCCUCUGGAUCUGGUGGUUCACCUAGCAGCCCUUCGGGAUCAGGUGGCUCUCCCAGUAGUCCUUCUGGAUCUGGUGGGUCCCCAAGCGGUCCCUCUGGAUCUGGCGGUUCCCCAAGCAGCCCUUCCGGAUCUGGUGGCUCACCUAGCAGCCCUUCUGGAUCAGGUGGCUCUCCCAGCGGUCCUUCUGGACCUGGUGGAUCCCCUAGCAGCCCCUCUGGAUCUGGUGGUUCACCUAGCAGCCCCUCAGGAUCAGGUGGCUCUCCUAGUAGUCCUUCUGGAUCUGGAGGUUCACCUAGUAGCCCCUCUGGAUCUGGCGGCUCCCCUAGCAGUCCCUCAGGGUCAGGUGGUUCACCUAGUAGCCCGUCCGGAUCAGGUGGCUCUCCCAGCAGUCCUUCUGGAUCUGGAGGUUCACCUAGUAGCCCCUCUGGAUCUGGUGGUUCACCCAGUAGCCCGUCCGGAUCAGGUGGCUCUCCCAGCAGUCCCUCUGGAUCUGGUGGUUCACCGAGCAGUCCCUCUGGAUCUGGUGGCUCACCUAGCAGUCCCUCUGGGUCAGGUGGUUCCCCAAGCAGUCCUUCGGGAUCUGGUGGUUCCCCAAGCAGUCCUGGAUCUGGUGGUUCACCUAGCAGCCCCUCGGGAUCAGGUGGCUCUCCCAGCAGUCCUUCUGGACCUGGUGGCUCUCCUAGUAGUCCUUCUGGAUCUGGUGGUUCACCUAGCAGCCCUUCUGGAUCUGGUGGCUCACCUAGCAGUCCCUCUGGGUCAGGCGGUUCCCCAAGCAGUCCUUCUGGAUCUGGUGGUUCCCCAAGCAGUCCUGGAUCUGGUGGUUCAGCUAGCAGCCCUUCUGGAUCUGGUGGCUCACCUAGCAGUCCCUCUGGGUCAGGCGGUUCCCCAAGCAGUCCUUCUGGAUCUGGUGGUUCCCCAAGCAGUCCUGGAUCUGGUGGGUCCCCUAGCAGCCCCUCAGGAUCAGGUGGCUCACCCAGCAGUCCCUCUGGAUCUGGAGGCUCUCCCAGCAGUCCCUCUGGAUCUGGAGGCUCCCCAAGCAGUCCUUCUGGAUCAGGUGGCUCUCCCAGUAGUCCUUCUGGGUCUGGUGGAUCCCCUAGCAGCCCCUCUGGAUCUGGUGGUUCACCCAGCAGCCCCUCUGGUUCUGGUGGGUCACCAAGCAGUCCAUCUGAAUCUGGUGGUUCGGAACCAAAAGAGUCUGCAGAGGCGAAUGCAAACGCUCAAGCCAAUAGCAAAGACGGUGGUUCUGCAAAGGCAACUGCUGCUGCAAGUGGUAUACGAAAAAUUAUAGAAUACAUACACCUGCUGGCAUAUUUACUAAUUUUGGAUAAAGUGGACAUACACGUGGUGGCACUUGGAACUGGGUCCUAG